UCAGAACCUGGGCUGCCAGCGCCCAGCAUGCCCUGCGGCUCGGCGCGCACUACGCGUCCCACAAUGCCUCACGGCCCCGCCCCACUCCCGCGGAGACCCCGCUGGGCGGCAGCGCGACCCCUGCCCGCUGCCUGCAGCCUGGCGGGCUGCACAGGCCGGGCGCCAUGCGGAGGGGCGAGCGCAGAGUCGCCAGAGGCUCGGGGUCUGGGUCUCCGCUGUUUGAGGGUCGCCGCAGCACCGAGUCCGAGGUCUACGACGAUGGCACCAACACCUUCUUUUGGCGUGCCCACACCUUAACCGUGCUGUUCAUCCUCACCUGUGCACUGGGUUAUGUGACUCUCCUGGAAGAAACCCCUCAGGAUACAGCCUACAACACCAAGAGAGGUAUUGUGGCCAGUAUUUUGGUUUUCUUAUGUUUUGGAGUCACACAAGCCAAAGACGGGCCAUUUUCCAGACCUCAUCCAGCUUACUGGCGGUUUUGGCUGUGUGUUAGUGUGGUCUACGAGUUGUUUCUCAUCUUCAUCCUCUUCCAGACAGUCCAUGAUGGCCGGCAGUUUCUGAAGUAUGUGGAUCCCAGGCUGGGAGUUCCAUUGCCAGAGAGGGACUACGGGGGCAACUGCCUCAUCUAUGAUGCUGACAACAAGACUGACCCCUUCCACAACAUCUGGGACAAGCUGGAUGGCUUUGUCCCUGCACACUUCAUUGGCUGGUAUCUGAAGACCCUCAUGAUCCGUGACUGGUGGAUGUGUAUGAUCAUCAGCGUGAUGUUCGAGUUCCUGGAGUACAGCCUGGAGCACCAGCUGCCCAACUUCAGCGAAUGCUGGUGGGACCAUUGGAUCAUGGACGUCCUCAUCUGCAACGGGCUGGGCAUCUACUGUGGCAUGAAGACCCUCGAGUGGCUGUCCUUGAAGACAUAUAAGUGGCAGGGCCUCUGGAACAUUCCAACCUACAAGGGCAAGAUGAAGAGGAUUGCCUUUCAGUUCACGCCCUACAGCUGGGUACGCUUUGAGUGGAAGCCCGCCUCCAGCCUGCACCGCUGGCUGGCCGUGUGUGGUAUCAUCUUGGUGUUCCUGCUGGCAGAACUGAACACAUUCUACUUGAAGUUUGUGCUAUGGAUGCCCCCUGAACACUACCUGGUCCUCCUGCGGCUGGUCUUCUUCGUGAACGUGGGUGGUGUGGCCAUGCGUGAGAUCUAUGACUUCAUGGAUGAACUGAAGCCCCACAGGAAGCUGGGCCAGCAGGCCUGGCUGGUGGCAGCCAUCACAGUCACAGAGCUGCUCAUCGUGGUGAAGUAUGACCCGCACACACUCACCCUGUCACUGCCCUUCUACAUCUCCCAGUGCUGGACUCUUGGCUCCAUCCUGGUGCUUACGUGGACUGUCUGGCGCUUCUUCCUGCGGGACAUCACCAUGAGAUACAAGGAGACCCGGCGACAGAAGCAGCAGAGUCACCAGGGCAGAGCCAUCAACAAUGGGGAUGGGCACCCAGGGCCAGAUGAUGACCUGCUAGGGACUGGGACUACAGAGGAAGAGGGGACCACCAGUGACAGUGUACCUGCUGAGGAGGGGGCCUCAGCCGCCUCAUGAUCCUCUCCGUCUUCACUGGCCUUGUGCCAUAGGGCUGUCCCAUUUCUCCCAUCCUUAUGCUCCCUGCUUCAGAGGAGGGGGGCCCAUCCCCACUCCACCAGGGGCACCUGAGUAUACAUGUUUAUGUGCAGGUAGGUGUGUGCACAUAUUGGCUCCUGACACUUCUCCAGGGCUGUGAGCUGACCAGUGAGCCUAGAGCACGCUCUAGAGCAAGGGUCCUGCCUGUCCUACCUGGUCAGCGAAGGCCCUGACCCAUGAUCUCCCUCGUGCUCAGUCUCACCACAAACCAGAAGAGGCAUCUUGUACUCUUUCUCUACCCUCUGUGGGGUAGGCAGAAGCCCCAUGAGACCCUGUGGCCCCACCCAACUUGAAGCAGCAGAAGUGAAGGCUGUGACAACACUAAGAUGGCUGCAAAGUGGUAGAUCUGGAGUCAGCACUGAGACAUUGUCUUUGGAGCCUUCGUUUAAGCAGGACUCUAAGAUGGAUGGUAUGUCCAUGGAGGAAGGUCAUCAGAUUGGCCCCUUGAGGGGUAUCAAGUCAGAGAAUCCAACUUGGAGACCUGUACCCCAGGUGCUAGGGUUGUGUUGUCACCAUGGCUCCCUGAGUCUAGUUGCACUCGUGAGCAAACAGAACAAAUAAAGCGAUGGCGAAGGUGCAGA